AUGGAGGGUGUAGGCCCCACUGUGGAGGUGGACCCCACUCCGGACACCACAGGGACAGUGGAAGCAGGUGCAAAAAUGGGGAGCAGUGGUGGAGCAGUGCUGACCUUGGGUGUGUGCGUGUUGGUGAUGGUGGGCCUGGAGGCAGACCCCAACUUGCAGGCGCCCAGGCACUGCCUCCUGUCCCACUACCGCUGGCUGGACCCCUCGGCAGUGGCAGCCGUCAAGGCGCUGAAGGACCACUAUGAGGCGGAGAUGCUGAGCAACGCGCCCCGCAACUGCUCCUUGCGCUCCAGGAGGACUCCUCCCCCGCCCUCGUCGUGCGCGCGGCUCCGCCUGGUGGCCCGGGGCAUCGCCGACGCCCAGGCAGUGCUGAGCAGCUUGCGGAGCUCGAGCUGGGAGCCGUUCCCGGGCACCGGCCCCACGCUGCAGCUGCUGGCCGCGGUCCGGAGGGACGUGUCUGCCUGCCUCGAGCUGGGCCGUCCCGGCUCCUCCAGGAAGUUCCUGAGGACAUCGAGGAGGAAAACGAGAAGGGGCAGAGCCGAGUCACGGGGAUGUCAGGAAGCCACAGUCAUCUUCAGCCUCCUGCGCCUGCUCACGUGGGACCUGAAGCUGGUGGCCCAUUCCGGGCCCUGCCUCUGACACCCCUCCCGGCCAACUCCCUCGGCAAACCCCGGCACUGAAGCCCUGCAGGCAGGAGGGAGAGGCCGGCCCUCAGCUGCCUCGUGCCCAGGCAGGUGUUUCCACCUCCUCUGAGGAGCCCACAGGACUGCAGCCCUGCGGCACUUCCACUGGCCCCUUGGGCGUGGAGGACUCCCUGCGGAAGGAGGUCUCUGUGGGGAGCACUGGCAGCAAGAGGCUCUCUGAAGCCCUCCCCUGACAGGUGCCCUGGGUUUGACCCUCCCCUGCCUCUUGGCUAUUCCGUGAAUCUGUGUGAUUUGGGAGCUUCCCUCUGGGGCAGCCUCCUUCCAUGGAAAGAGUCAAAUGUGACUUGACUUCUUUGGAUUCUGUUACUUGACUUCUUUGUAUUAUUGUUGUUAUCAUCAUCGUCAUCAUCACCAUUAUUAUUAUUAUUGUAUUUGUGAAAUUCCUGUGUAUAAUUGCAUUUGUG